CAACGCAGAAGAGAACACACACACGUUACCUUACAACAAGAGGACUCAACACUAAACCCACAUUGAAGAUGCCGUGCUCUCAUGAACUCCAGUUUGCCCUCAGUCCUUUCAUGGACUUACACUGGCCUGUAUGCAGUCUGUGGCCAGAGGUCAGACAUCCUCUCCACCAGCAGGAUCUACUGCAGAGAAACCUACAGCAGCUCCACAGCAGUUUGGAGCUGAUGGACAAACUUCAACACAAGAUCCUGGAGGAGACAGAGCCUUUUGAAACCACUGCUGCCCUGCAACCAGUCUCCUGCCAGCUGCAGAAAGAGGGAGAGCGCUUUGGCCUGACCCUGGACACUCAAGGCUUCUCUCCAGAGCAGCUGUCUGUCAGGCAGGUGGGCAGGAAGCUGAGAGUCAGCGGGAAGACGGAGACGAAGCAGGAAGACGAGAAAGGCUGCUGCUCUUACAGACUCCAGGAGUUCACACAGGACUUUGAGCUGCCUGAAGGCCUGAACCCUGGAGAAGUCACCUGCUACCUGGAUCGAGACGGGAAGCUCCACAUCCAGGCAGCUGAAACUUUGUGUGUGGAGGAGGCUGAGAAAGAGCUGACUAUCAAGAGGAGCUUGGAGGAGAAAACACAGCACACAGACAAACCUGAGCACUCGGACUGAUCUAAAUGUUGCUGUUGCCUCAGUGUACAUUCAAAGUUUUUUAAUAAAUGUGACAAAUUAUGAUUAUAUUUCCUUUUGUAUACAUGUUAAUGUGUUUAAUAA